UGUUCCCUCCGCCUAUCUUUCUCAUCCAUACUUCAAUCCUCCAUAACCGAACAUUUCACCAAAUAUUUUGCUCCUCUUAAACCGCCAAAUGGCCGCUACUCUCUCAAUCUCCCGCCUCCUCCUCUCUCCCGCCGCCGCUACAACCACCACCAAAUCCCUCAUUUCUCCGGUCUCCCUUUCCUCAAAACUCUCAUUCUCUCCUCUCUCGCUGAAACUUCAAUCCAAAGCCAUACAAUCUAAAGCUUUCUCCACCAGACAAACUCCAACAAUAACCGCCGCAAUUACCGUAGGGGAUAAACUUCCAGACGCCACCCUUUCGUAUUUCGACUCUGACGAUGAGCUCCAAACCACCACAAUAUCCUCCCUAACAGCAGGAAAGAAAUCAAUCCUUUUCGCCGUCCCCGGAGCUUUUACCCCCACUUGCUCGCAAAAACAUCUUCCAGGAUUCGUGGAAAAAUCGGCGGAGCUUAAAGCGAAAGGAAUCGAUGUGAUUGCGUGUGUUUCGGUGAAUGAUGCGUUUGUUAUGAAAGCCUGGAAAGAGAAUUUGGGGAUUAAGGAUGAGGUGUUGCUAUUGAGUGAUGGGAAUGGGGAGUUCACCAAGAAAAUUGGGUGCGAAUUGGAUUUGAGUGAUAAGCCUGUUGGAUUGGGAGUGAGGUCUAGAAGAUAUGCUAUUUUAGCCGAGGAUGGUGUUGUUAAAGUGCUUAAUUUGGAAGAAGGUGGUGCUUUUACUUUUAGUGGUGCUGAUGAUAUCCUCAAAUUGCUUUGAUGGGUUCUUUUGACUUUUUUUGUGUGCCUUUUACAAUUUUGAGUUGUUAAUCUGAUAAUAAUGUGAUGAAACCUUGAGUGGGUUUUGAACUAUCAGGAGUAAAAGUUUGCUUCAUUUUCAA